AGAAUUUUGCAACAUUCUCAGCUUUAACCAAGAUUCUGCCAGUUGCUCUUUCAAGUCAGCUUAGUGCUGCGUGAAGUCCUGUCGGCCCAGCGUCAUUCUUCGUUCUCACCUUAGUUUCAGGCAUGGAUAUCGACAAACUCUUCAAGGUACCUAAAUUGCCUACUGGUGGAAAUAAGAGACGGAUGCCCGAUGCGCCCACUCCAGAGAUGCUCAAGAAGAUGAAGUUUGAUCAGCUGUCUCCAAACAGGUCAUCUUCCAACGCUGCGCACAAUGUCUCGUCUCCCGCCCGACCUACUCGCAACCCAAGGGCUACGACAGUCGAAGACGAAAAGGAGCAAGAUGCUGGAAUGGAUGAUCGUGAUUUUGCUCCUGGCGGUGAUGCGGAUUAUUUCGCAGAAGAGGAUGAGGAUGGACGAUUCUUCGGGGGAGGCUUGACCACUGAGCAAAAGGAGAUUCUGAAUAUCUUUGACAGCAUUGGGACGGAGGGUGUAGACGAUACGGAGGCUCUGUCCAUUACGGGAGUCCGCAAGCUACUCUUGCGUUUUGAGAGAGCUUCAAAUAAAAACCAGGACCAAAGGUCCAAGUACCCUGAUGAUCCCACAAAAUUCAUCGACUCAGAGGCUGAUUUAGACAGCGUCAUCAAGUCUUUGCUUCCUCUCGCCCAGGUGCCAAGACUUGCGUAUCCGGAACUUAUACGCUCUGGUCAAGUCGCCACCAUUGUGGGCCUUUUGAGUCACGAAAACACCGAUAUCGCUCUGGAUAUCAUAGAACUCAUCCACGAAUUGACAGACGAAGAUGUGGGAAAUGAGGGUGAGACUGACGAGGAGGAUGGGGAAGGCCAGGAGGCCGUUUUGAAGACACUAAUUGACGCCUUGGUAAAUCAUUCGAUAUUAGAACUGCUCGUUGACAACAUGUCCCGUUUCAACGAAACAGAAGAAGCAGACCGACAAGGGAUUUAUCAUGUCUUAGGCAUAUUUGAGAACAUAGUCGGAUCGAAUCCACAAAUGGUCGAACAGUUGGUAUCGAAGACUGAUCUGUUAUCAUGGCUUCUCAACCGUGUACAAUCUAAAGCGCACGAUGAUAAUCGUGGCUAUGCAGCCGAGUUCCUGUCGAUUCUUUUGCAAAGCAGUCGCUCUAACAGAUUAGAGCUGAGCAGGAAAGAUGGUAUCGAAGGUCUUCUGAAGGUUGCUUCGCAAUAUCGACGUCGUGACCCUGUCGAUGCCGACGAGACCGAGUUCAUGGAGAAUAUCUUCGACUCAAUCUGUUCUGCACUCGGCGAACCUGAAAACAAAGGUCUAUUCCUCAAGAGUGAAGGAAUUGACCUUCUUGUCCUGAUGAUGAAGGAAAAAAUGCAAUCUCGAUCACGCGCUAUCAAGACUCUGGACCAUGCUAUGUCAGGUCAAGCAGGCACAGAAAGCUGUGAGGUAUUCGUAGAGGCAUUAGGGUUGAAGCACCUUUUCUCAGUGUUCAUGGGUAGGGCACCCAAAAAGCAAAAGGCAAACUCGCCGCCUGCGUCGGAGGAUACCACUCACACAUUAGGCAUCGUAUCUUCCCUAUUUUCUAAUCUCCCAUCCGAAUCAUCUGCGCGGAUCCGUCUUCUCGCGAAGUUCGUCGAGAACAAUUACGAGAAGACCGACAAGCUACUCGAUAUCCGAGAGAGUGCACAAACACGAUUGAAGGCAGUCGACAAAGAAAUCGAUGAGGAAAAGCAAGUCCUUAUCGCAGAAGAGGGCAUUGACAACAACGAUGAAAUAUGGUACCUCCGACGAUUGGAGACUGGAUUGUACACAUUGCAAACGGUGGACUAUAUCCUUGCCUGGAUUAUCAUGGAGGAUGACGGUAUUCGGGCACAUAUAAAACAAAUGAUGGACCGCCGCAGUCGCACAUUUAAAGACAUCGCUUCAACAUUACGGGUCUACCAUGAAAAUGUUAGCGAAGACGAUGUCGAUAGUGAAACAUCCGACAGCGUACAUUCGCAAAGGGAGAUUCUACAGCAUCUGAUUACCUUCCUUGAGGAUUCAUAGCAUUACCCCUACUGUACAUAUAUAAUCAUGAUAGUCCUAUCAUACUUUUUGUGAAUGC